AUGAGUGGUAAAGGAGCUUCUUCUAAAGCUUAUGAUAUGAUAAUGAAAUUGUUGUUAGUGGGUGAUUCAGGGGUCGGAAAAUCAUGUUUGUUGUUGAGAUUUGUCGAGGACAAGUUCAAUCCGUCCUUCAUCACAACCAUUGGUAUCGACUUCAAGAUUAGAACAAUUGAGAGCAAGGGAAAGAAAAUUAAGUUGCAAGUAUGGGAUACCGCUGGUCAAGAAAGAUUUAGAACCAUCACUACUGCUUACUAUAGAGGUGCCAUGGGUAUUGUAAUAAUCUACGAUGUCACUGAUUCAAGAAGUUUCGAAAACGUUGAGAAUUGGUUCCAAACUGUAUCUCAACAUGCAAACGAGGAUGCCCAAAUUUUCUUAGUCGGUAACAAGUGUGAUGAUGAUGUCAAUAGACAAGUAAGCAAGGAACAAGGUGAAGAGUUGGCAUCCAAAUUGCACGUGCCAUUUUUGGAAGCUUCGGCAAAGAGUAAUGAAAACGUUGAUGCGAUCUUUUACGAGUUGGCAGGAAUUAUCCAGGAAAAACAUGUUAAUGAUAACGCAGGAGCCGCCACUGGUGGUGGUGCAGGUGGUGUAGACGUUUCCCAAGGAAACUCCGGCGUCAAGAACAAUUGUUGUUGA